UCGAGACGCGCAGAAAAUAGUCCUCACUCGGUCGACCAGUGGAAGCCGACGAUCGCGCGAGCAAGAAAGAAGGGCGAGAGGGAAAGGAUAGCUUCGUCACGUUUUUUUUUACGUCCUUCGUGCCAAAGAAAUUGACGGUCUUUGCGUUGAUCGAACUCGUCGAAGAUUAAAAAGUAGCCAAACGCUUAUCGUCGUUAGCUGCGAGCUCGUAAAAUUACGACGAUAGGAAGCGCAAGAGCGAUAAUCGAGAAGGCUCGUGGGAUAUCACUACGCCGCACGUUGAGGGGAGAAACGAUAGAGUGAGAGAGAGAGAGAGAGAGAGAGAGAGAGAGAGUGAGAAGGCAAAAGACAAGGAGCAGAAGAGGAAGGGGGACGUCGUCGGGGCAGUUGAUUCGGUAGUGACUACAUGUGGGUAUCCGCCGGUUGCGAUCAGAAAACGUCUCGCGUUAGGACGAUAUCGUAAAGAGUCUCGUGUCGCUAUUGUAAUAUAUAUAUAUAUACAUACAUAUAUACAUAUAUAUAUAUAUAUAUAUAUCCUGACGAGAGGGUCGAGCGGAAGUUACUAGAAGCCAUGCAGAUGGAUCCAACGACGGUACAAUUGAUCCAGGUCCUCGAGAGGACGGUCUCCUCAGACAAAAAUGAACUGGAAGCGGCGGAAAAUUUUUUGGAACAGGCGGCACAAUCCAAUUUUCAUGAAUUUGUUCAACGGCUCAGCGGAGUACUGGUUACUGCAACAGCCAGUCCGGUGGCUCGUAUGGCAGCUGGGCUACAAUUGAAAAAUCAACUUACCUCAAAGGAUCAGGCGCUAAAGUAUCAGUACCAGCAACGUUGGUUGGCUAUCCCUGCCGAAACAAGGGAAUAUAUCAAGAAAAAUAUUUUGGGAGCAUUAGGAACUGAAAAUAAUAGGCCGAGCUCUGCAGCACAAUGCGUAGCUUAUGUCGCUGUUGCCGAAUUGCCAGUUGGUCAAUGGAGCAAUUUAAUUCCUCUAUUAGUAAACAAUGUGGUUAAUCCUAAUAGUACGGAAAUGAUGAAAGAAGCUACUUUAGAGACUAUCGGUUACAUUUGUCAAGAAAUAGAAAGCGAAGUCUUGGUAUCGCAGUCUAACCAAAUUCUCACAGCGAUUAUUCAUGGCAUGAAAGGUUCCAGUACGUCCAAUCACGUACGACUUGCAGCUACGAGCGCGCUCUAUAAUUCCUUAGAAUUUACUAAAGGAAAUUUUGAAAUCGAGUCCGAGAGGAACUUUAUCAUGGAAGUAGUGUGCGAAGCGACACAAUCGUCAAACACGCAAGUUAAAGUAGCGGCUUUACAAUGCCUCGUCAAAAUUAUGUCUUUGUAUUAUCAGUAUAUGGAACUUUACAUGGCACCAGCAUUGUUUCCUAUUACUCUGGAGGCUAUGAAGUCGGAUAUCGACGAGGUUGCACUGCAGGGAAUUGAAUUUUGGUCCAAUGUGUCGGACGAAGAAGUUGAUUUAGCCUUGGAAGAAGGAGAUGCUUCUGAAGUUGGCCGACCACCAUUAAAAGUUUCAAGGCACUACGCGAAAGGUGCUUUACAAUUUUUAGUACCGGUACUCAUGAAAAAAUUAACGAAACAAGAAGAAUUCGAUGACGAGGACGAUUGGAAUCCUUCGAAAGCCGCCGGUGUAUGCUUGAUGCUGCUCUCAACUUGUUGCGAAGAAGCUAUAGUUCCUUUCGUAUUACCAUUCGUCAAGGAUAAUAUCAAGAGUCACGAUUGGAGAUAUCGAGACGCAGCCGUAAUGGCAUUCGGUUCCAUCCUCGGUGGCGUAGAGCCUACCACAUUGAAACCAUUGGUAGAGCAGGCAAUGCAAACGCUCAUCGAGCUGAUGUACGACAGUAGCGUUGUCGUAAGGGACACCGCGGCAUGGACAUUCGGACGUAUUUGCGAGAUCAUUCCAGAAGCUGCCAUUAACGAGACGUAUUUGAAACCUUUAUUGGAAUCUUUGGUAAACGGACUGAAGGCAGAACCUCGCGUCGCUGCGAACGUAUGCUGGGCGUUCACGGGUCUUGCCCAAGCGAGUUACGACUCGGCCUGCGAGGACGAGCAACAGCCAGAAACAUAUUGUAUGUCGCAAUACUUUGAUUUCAUAAUUCAGAGACUAUUGGAGACUACCGACAGACCGGACGGGGCCCAAGCGAACUUGAGAUCGGCGGCGUACGAAGCACUGAUGGAGAUGGUGAAAAAUUCCCCACGGGAUUGUUACGUUACCGUGCAAAAAACGACGAUGGUCAUUUUGGAAAGAUUGCAACAAGUAUUGCAAAUGGAAACGCACAUACAAAGUCAUUCGGAUCGAGCCCAAUACAACGAUCUUCAAUCAUUGCUAUGCGCCACCCUACAGUCCGUAUUACGUAAGGUAACACCGGAAGACGCGCCGCAGAUAUCGGACGUUAUAAUGACCGCCCUAUUGUCGAUGUUCAAUUCGAACUCUUGCAAAUCCGGUGGCGUCCAGGAGGACGCUCUUAUGGCCGUCUCGACUUUGGUCGAAGUUUUGGGAGAGCGCUUUUUGAAAUACAUGAACGUAUUUAAGCCUUAUCUCUGUCUCGGCCUGAAAAAUCAUGCCGAGUAUCAAGUAUGUUGCGUUGCCGUAGGCCUUACCGGUGAUAUAUGUCGUGCUCUUAAGAGCAAGAUCAUUCCAUAUUGCGACGAGAUAAUGACCCUUCUUUUGGAGAAUUUAGGAAACAAUACGGUACAUCGUUCUGUAAAGCCUCAAAUAUUUUCGGUCUUUGGCGACAUAGCCCUGAGUAUCGGUAUAGAAUUCAAAAAGUAUUUAGACGUUGUCUUGCAAACGUUGGUACAGGCCUCGCAGGCGAACGUCGAUAGAUCCGAUUACGACAUGGUCGAUUAUCUUAACGAAUUACGCGAGGGCGUAUUGGAGGCUUAUACAGGGAUAGUGCAGGGUUUCCGUGGUGAAUCUACGAAUAAUACAUGCCCGGAGGAGAUCGCUUUGGUCGAACCGCAUGUGCCGUACAUCAUUCAAUUUAUUACUUUGAUUGCCCAAGAUCGGGAACAUUCCGAUGGUAACAUAUCGGCUGCGCUUGGCCUUAUCGGCGAUCUCGUCAGCGUUUUUGGAGCGAAAUUAUUGCCGAUGGUCGACACCGAGCCGCUUAACGAGUUAUUAGUGAAGGGCAAGAAAUCGCGUAACAGCAAAACGAAGACGUUGGCCACUUGGGCCCUUAAGGAGAUACGAAAGGCUAAGAUUACUGCUAACAACACUACGUCCAGUUGCUCUUCCUCGUAUGCAUUUCGUGCCAUCUGUUAUCGCACGAAAGUAGGAGAGAAAGAAUAUGUGUGAGAAAAGAGGGAAUAUGUUCGAGCCUGUGUGUCUGUGUGUGUGUGAAAGGGUGGGUGGGUAAGAGGGGGGGGUGGAAAGACAAAGGGUCAUUCAAGACAAGAUUAGAGCAUCCACGUGCUUUCUACUUUUUCUUCUAGACUCGCACGAUCGCGCCUAGAUCAGCCCACGGUUGUACUGUCGUGCAAUUUGAUUUGACUAGAACGCUAUCAAACAAUACAAAGACAACAAGAUUGGAUGUUGCGGAUGCGAGUUGAUGGAUGUGCGUGAGUUCCGAAGCGAUGAGGAUGGGGUGAUGAGUCUGCACGUGUCCCUGUCUGGCAACGGUAUGCGAGGGUACCGGCGAGGGUAUACAGGGUCGAACACAGCCCAUAUGCUCGACAGAGACAAAUACCUGUCUGCCGGAUACCGACAAUAGAUGAUUAAAAAAUACGAGUGCAAGUGGAUGAUGCCAAAAUGAGUGAGCCAGGGCCGAGGCCUGCUGAGAUGUUCCCGUGAUGCAAGUAUGCCUGAAAAUCGAGUAUGCGGCUUCUAUCCGCGUGAUUGAGACCUCCGUGUGAAGUUGAAUCUGAGAGAGCGAGCGAAAGAGAGAGAGAGAGAGAGAGAGAGAGAGAGAGAGAGAGAGAGAGAGAGAGCGAGAGAGAGCGAACGAGCGAGCGUACGAGAGAGAGAGAGAGAGAGAGAGGGCGACUUCGAUGGACGCUGUUACUGAGCGGUGAAAGAGAGUGCGAGAUGUUGUAAGUGAUGAAACACGAGCGAACUGAGAGCGUGCGCGCGAGCGAGCAAGCGAGCUAGCGAGAGAGAGAGAGAGAGAAAGAGAGAAAAUACGUGAAAUGGAAUAUGUGAAGUAUGAGUGUGUGUGAGAGAGAUAUGAGAGAGUAUGAGAGCGACAGUGCGAGAGGCUGUGAGAAUUUUAGUCGAAUUAUGUGUAUCCUUGUUUACGCACGUCGCACGACGUUAUACUAUACCCCUUACUCCUGUGGAUUCUUGAUUAAACUCCCACAGUAAGAAUCGUAUCGCGACUCACGCGAGUAAGAGUAAUGCUCAGGAUGCGAGGCGUGUACUUGUUAUUUUAGUAUGUCUGAAAACUUUGCUGUGAGAUCAUGUGAUACAAGGAGUGAAUUAAUCAGCAAGUCUGAACGAGAGCGAGUGUGACGAAGAGAGAACGAGAGACUGAGUUAAACAAAGAAACAAAUAUACAAGAAGAUUCGACAAGCUGGUAACCCCUGAUCCGAUCGUUUUGCGCGUGAAUCCAAUGAUCCGUUGUACGACGAUGUGUAUGUUCAUUUCCCACCCUGAGCCCCCCACCCCCACCCCCACCCCACCCCUACCCCCGUAUGCGAAUGUCUGUUGCUAUUGAUUCAUUAAAAAUUAAUAUUUUGCUGGCAACAAGUGAUUUAGUUGUAUUGUCUAGCCUAAACCGGGAGAAAAAGACGACCGCACUCCAUCUCCGCUUCUGACAUACGUAGUAAAUUAGAGAGACAAAUAGAACAAGUUUUUAUGCGAUCAUAGUACAAUCAUUCACCGAUCGGUUUUUACUCGCAUAUAUAAAUUUCGCAUAUGUAAAACGAUUAAAAUGAGAAGGGGGUACAUUUUCCACUGCCAUCGAAUCUAUUCUCUUACUACUUACUACCGUUUAUUUCUAAACGAGAUUUUUCGACCUUUUCUUUUUUUCUUUUCCUUUCAAAUGUGAGACAUAUCUUUGCAAUGUUUUUCUUUAUAUCGUUUAUGUAAUUCGCGAACAACAACUACCACUGCUACAACAAUAAAUGUCGUCUUCCUGGAUUCGUGGCUCCUAACGAAAGUGGAGAGUACUCGUUCAAUGUGUGGUAUUAUGAUCGCAUAAAUGUGCGUAGAGGGUAAUUGACAUAGCCCAGUGUCCUUACCUCAAGAAUGUGUAAUCCUUUAGACGAAAUAAAAUCGAGUCUACGUUGAAAAUAGCGAUUCGAUUCAGCAUUGAAAUAUCUCGAUCGAUUCUUUCAACGAAAUUGGAAUCUUGAUUCUAGAUGGUGCCUUUAUCCAACUGGGAUAUUUCAAAUACCGAACGAGUUUCGCGAGUCAGAUCGGAACUCUAACGUCGUGUAUCAUCCUCUUUUCCCUCGUUAGAAGUUAUUUCUUCCUAGGAAAACUCGUCGAAUCUUUCCCUUCCCCCUCCCUUUUUUUCUCUUCGGCAAAUGUAUUUUCGCGCGAUUAAAGAAGAUUCGAGCGCAGGGUAGGUCGCUCAAAAAAUAAAAAAUAAAAAAAAAAGAAAAGAAAAUAAAUUAAAUGCCAAAAGAGAAAAGAAAAAGGGCCAAAUUAACGCGCGAUAAAAUCAACGUUUGAUACGCGACUGUGGUUGUGCCAUGCAUUCCAAAUACUAUUGCCGGUGGAAAACCUUUCCUCUUUUUUUUUUUUCAUAUAUUCUACUUGUUUCGCUCUUGUGAUUUUUUUAAAGUCUGCUUCGUACACUGCGUACUAGUAUACGUUAGACAUAUCACGCUUUAAUUUUUUCAAGAAAACCAAGAGAUAAACUAAAAAAAAAAGAAAAUAAAAGAAAAAAUAUUCUUAGAUUCUUCGGUGACGAUCAGAAUUGGAAACGAACGAAAGAGAAAAUUUGUUCCAAUUAGAAUUUUCCAAAAAUUGCGUUAAUAUAAUACGUCUGAUCACGAACCUUUGAAUCGAAUCGAUUGGAAUAUCAAAAUCGAUCGACGCCGAAGCGCAAGUAUUGUUUUUUCUUGAACAUUCCACGUAUCAGUGAGGUAGAGUGAGAAUGAGAGAGAGAGAGACAGAGAGAAAGUGUGUUUAGGGAAUAUGAGAGAAAACGUGACGACGUGAGAGAAUAGAAUGGAAGAGAGACUCUUGGAAAGGGAAGUAAGUGAGAAAGUGAGUAAGAAGUGAAGUGUAUGAAAAAUAGAGAGAGAGAAAGAGAGAGAGAGAGAGAGAGAGAGAGAGAGAGAGAGAGAAAGGUACGAUGGUGAGGGCAGAUAGACGUCGUGGGUCUUUUCGCGUUUUUAGCAGAAAACUCGAUCGCUUGCACAUUCUUCCGAUUCGUUAUCAAAAGUCGUGCUUUCAUGUCCAGACGAUAUAUUAAAGAAAAAGAAAAGAAAAGAAAAGAAAAAAAAAAAAACAGGAAAAAAAAAGAAAAAAAAAGAAAAAAAGUAGAAAAAAAUAAAAAAACAAAAAAAAAAAGAAAAAGCAAAGAAUCGUCACGGGCCUAGAAUCGAAACGCGGGUUGUUGUUCCGUACCGUGCCGUUAUCGAACGUAAACCACAAAGUGAGAGACGCAUAUGCGCGUAUACAUAUACAGAGAGAGAGAGAGAGAGAGAGAGAGAGAGAGAAACGGCCAAGUGCACGCGUAGCGGUCCCUUUUCGACAUUUACCGCCGAUUAUCGUGUUCUCGUUAUCGACUCGCCGGUGGACGCGCUCUUUCUUCACAUGCACGCGUCAAAAAUAGUUCUGCUCAGACCCGAAAGAAGAAAAUUCAUAUACACUAUAUUUUUUAUAUAUCUAAAGUCAAAUAUUUUUUUCAUAUAUCAUAGGAGAUAUAUAAUAAUAUACAUAUAUUUUUUAUAAUUAACAUCCGUAAUAAUGCGCGUACCUUUCGAUUUGUUGCGAUCGCAAAGAGUCAAAUUUGAAACGUUACAUGCCCGUAUAUUUCCAUUGUUUGAAGGACUAAAGCGAAACGUUAAAAAAGAAAGAAGAGAAAUAUAUAGAAAAUGAUGUUAUCGCGUUUGCGAACCGAAAGACGAGCGUCCACCAGAGUUCGAAGCUGUUUCCAUGUCCUCGAGGCGAUCUACCUUUUCCGUGUUGCGUCGAAACGCAAGAAAUAGAGGGAGAAAGAGAGAGAGGGAGAGAGAGAGAGAGAGAGAGAGAGAGAGAGAGAGAGAGAGAGAGAGAGAGAGAGAGAGAGAGAGAUAGGAUGAAAAUGUAAAAUGUAAAAAAAAAAAGAACGAACGUGGAAAAAAGGAUAUCGAAAAUACAAAUACAUACAUCUAUCGUCGUAAACGGUCGGAAGAUGGCCGAGAAUCUUAAGGGUCGGCUGUGCGUCGUAAGAUCGAGUUGCAAAAAAAAAGAAAGAUGGAUGGGGGAACGUAAAAAAGUAAAUAAAAAUACAAAUCUAAACCGCGACUGUGAUUCUUUUGGAGUGACUCUCUUAUGCGAGGGUUCGAUGUUUUGAUCCUGAAGGGGAGCACGGUUCCAAGAAGAAAUUUUGUUCCUCUCCUUUUUUGUUUCGUUGGGCUUCUUUUUUAACGAACGUUGUUACCGAUUAUACUCUUUUUUGCCUUUCGAGAGAUCGAGGGAUACGAAGAGUGUGCGACGUACGUGUGCGACGAUGACGAUGACAAAGAGAAGAAAAAGAAGGUGAAAAAGAAAGGCUAAAGGAAUCGUGCUCUCGCAUAAACUUGUACGCUAAAAAUGUCUUGUCGACUAUUAGUUGUUAGCCUUUCAUCGUCGAGACUCUUAGAGUGCGUGCGAUGCUUUCAUAGGGUACGUAAGUGAGAGCGUGUAAAUAUAUAGAAGAAAGCGUGUGCAUUACGCUGUAUCAGUGAUGAUGUGCGCUAAUGAAGUAAACGAUUGACGAGGGUGUUACAGAGAGAGAGAGAGAGAGAAAGAGCGAGAGAGAGAGAGAACGAAAGAUAGAGAGAGAGAGAGAGAGAGAGAGAGAGAAAGAGCGCGAAAGAUACAGUAAGAGAGAGAGAGAGAGAGAGAAAGUGGGUACGUUUAUGCGUCGAGUUGUGUUGCGUAUCGUGAGCAAUGAACGAACGAGAGAUGAGCGAGAGAGAAAAAAAAUAAAGAAAAGGAGAUAGUUGGCUCGUGAUUCGCCGUGAACCGCGACGUCGAAGGUCGUCGUGACGUGUAAACAAAAAUACGAAAAUUCCUAUGGGGGAAGAGAGGAGUUAAAUAAAGAUUAAAUGAAAUAUACAUUUUCUAUCGUUGCGAGAUAAAUACGGGGAACUGUACAUGAAAUAGCGAUUUCUUAAUUGUCAUCUUUCUUUCAUCUUAUUAUUAACGUUUUAUAUAGAAAAGAAUCGAGAACGCGUUGAUAUUAAUUACAUUAAAUUAUAUUUGACACAUUUAAAUAGUGAUAUUAAACAAUUAUUUUAAGAGGAAUCUUGAGACGCCAUAAUUACCACUAGUUCUUCACCAUUCGCCACGAUAUCAUUUUACGUACGAAACACGAGUCCAAUAUAUCCAGAAAGAUUAAAAAAAAAAAAAGAAAAAAAAAAAAAAAAAGAAAAAAAAAAAAGAAAAAUUAUCGACAUCGUACGGAAAUGGUUCGCUCUAACCUUCACCUUGAUAUUUUUUCGUCCAUAAUUUGUUUUCUACCAUUUCCGUAUCGAUCGUCGGAGGAUGGAAAAAUGAAAAUCGCGAAGAUGCAAAAAAAAGAAAAAUUCCAAAAAUAAAUGAGAGGAGAAAUGAGUGAAUGGGUGUUUUAUGCGGUGUAACAGAGAAUGAAGAAUGAUGUUGAUAGUGAUGAUGCCGAUCGAUGAUCGGAUUAAGAUUAUAAUUGCGAAUGUGAAAAUUCAUGAGCGAUGAUGAUAAACGUGGGCUGAAGUAUAAUAAAUGAAAUCGAUGAAUGAA